AUGGUUUUUGAUUUUGUCUCUGUGGUUCAGCUGUGCCAUGACCGUGGAUACCUGGUGACCCAGGAUGAAUUGGACCAGACCCUGGAUGAGUUCAAGGGCCAGGUUGGUGACAAACCCAGCGAGGGCCUGCCCCGGCGCACAGACCUCACUGUGCUGGUCGCCCACAACGACGACCCCACAGACCAGAUGUUUGUUUUCUUCCCUGAAGAGCCCAAGGUGGGCAUUAAGACCAUCAAGAUGUAAGAGGAGAAUAUCACACGAGCUAUUAUCGUGGUGCAGAUGGGAAUGACGCCUUCGGCAAAGCAGGUACACAGGCUCUGCUCUGAAACAUACGUCUCAUCUACUCUCCACAAGGAUGCAAGAUGCAUCUCUAGUAGACAUGGCUCCCAAAUACAUCCUGGAACAGUUUCU